AUGAUUCUUGAAGUUAACUGGACUCCUUGGUUGGCCGACAAUUUUUUGGAUGCUAUUCUCUCUAUUAUAGUCUGGUUGCACGAUACUGUUACUACUGCGUAUUCCACGGAUAUUUCACUUAUUAUCGCUAAAGAACUGCUGAUAUCAUCCAUUUUGGACUUUUUAUACGAACUGGACUCGCGCAUUCAGAAUUCUCCUUAUCGCCUAGCUGAGGUACAACAAUCAAAUGAACCCAGUCCCUCUCGUUGGAUCAAACCUGCUGGUAAUCAGAACGACACCACCAGUUUCAAAGAUUUACAUGGCAGUAGAAAGCGUGAAGCGGAUAGGAGUAGUGAGUCUAAUGCUAAACAGUUCCGAAGUGAUGAAGGAGAAGAUGUGGAGUCGCAAGAAUAA